AUGCAGUGCUUUCCUUGUGUAUUCAUCAUCCCUUCUUUCCCAGAUUCUCUGGGAUUCUGUCAGUUGUAUUUGCAGUGCUCGACUGAAAGCUGCUUGCAGAGGAAUAAAGGCAGACAGAUCCCUGUAAUGGAUAAGACAAUUCUUCUGAUGGAGAGGAAAAUAGAGAAGCCCAACCCUGAGAAGAAUACUUGGGAAGAGAACAGUCUAUUCCUGGACAGCUCUGGAGGAGACAUAGCAGAUGAUACACGAAUCAAUGACUUGCUGAGUGGAGCCCUGGAAACCCCUAUGCAACCGCUCGAUGAUGAUGAUAAUGAAAGGGAAAGAGAUCGUGAAAUCUGUGCGGCCAGUCUUGUCCAUCAGGCAGAUCAAAGUCUACGACGGCUCAUCUCAGAAACGAUGCAUAAAUUAAAAGGGUCAUCUGCUAGCCAGGAUAUUAAGAGAAUUUCCCAAGAACUCCAAUGUGUAAAGUCUAAGGCUUUGGAACAAUUAAGGGAGCAUAUCACUGUACAGACUGUCCUACCUGACAAAGACAGAAGUUUUGAUGUUCAGUCAUAUUUUACAGAAGAAAAAGAGCGGAUAUUGCAGCCGUUCUUGUGCCAGUCUCAGAAGCCAUGGAUGGAUUGCCAAAAAUCUUCUGCCAUCUCCUAG